AUGAAGCCCGACGCGAGCUACCGCUCGCUCACUGCGACCUUCCUGGCCCUGCUCGAGUGCGGCUUCGUGGCUCAGGCGCAGGCACUCGCCGGCUCCCUUCCGUGGCGACGGCUCUCGUCGGCGCUGCUCGCCGUGCUGCAGGUUGAGGUGGCGCACCACGCCGGGGGAGCGCUCGAGGAGGGCCGCUCAGCACGCAUUGCCCUCGAGCGGCGCAUCGACGUUGCGAGCGCCGAGAUUGAGGCGUGCAUCGCCGCUCUGGUCCGCACGCCCGCAUCGGCUACGCUUUUGGCGGCUGCGAAGUCUGAGGUAUUGCGACACGGAGAGUCGCUCGUUGCAUGCGGAGACGUCAACCUCCGCGCCGUGUCGCCAGCCACUCUCCCACCCGACCGGCUGCUGUCGUCGCACGGCCUGAUGCCCUCGCCGAAGCUGGCUCGGCUCUCGAGCUGCCGUAGCUCCGAGGACGGGAUCGACGACGCGCGCGGGAGGAGCGAGGACGGCGAGUCGUGGCAGCGGCUGGUGGCGCUCAUGCGCGAGGUGGGGCGGCUGCUCUCGCUGCGGCGCUACAUGGCCGAGGUGUACAUGCAGAUGUGCGCACCGCUGGCGGACGGCGACGCCGCGGCGCUGGAGGCGCGCGUGUGCGCGCUUCGCACCUCAUAUCUGUCGAUGGUGCCCUCCGAGCUGGCGCCCUUGCGAUCCUCGACGCUCGAGCUGUCGGUGACGGAGCAGCUCCUCCGGGCGCAGGCCAUGCUCGGCACUUGCAGGCUGCGCGAGGCGAUCUGCGCGCUGGUGGCGGCGGACGCGGAGCUGGGCAAUCUCCACUCGCCGCGUCGCGAAGAGCUGCGGGAGGCGGCACUCACCGCCGCAGCGGCCGCCACCCGGGGAAGCUUGUCUCUGGCCGCCCGGGUGGCGGAGAGAGGCUGGCUCGUGCUCUUCUCGACGCCGCGUUGCCGCGAGCAGUGCCCCCUCGAGAUUCACGGCGCGGAGCUACAGCCCUUCCUACAGCCCUUCCUCUCCUGCUUCUCUUCCGCACCCGCGCUGGCGGCCGCGGCCUCCGCGCCUCCGCCGCCCGACCAGGACGGGGUCACGCGCCGCGCGAUCUGCAGCCUGGGGGGGGAGGAGUGUGUCCUGCACCUGCUGCGCACGGACGAGCGGGUCGCUCUCCUCGUGGCGGUCGAUCGGUCCACGACGAGUCGCCAAGACACGCUUGCGAGGCGCUCUGCCAAGUCUCGCCCGGGAAGCCUCUGGGGCGUGGCUGGCGCUUCGGACAGCGCCCCAAACCACCACCACCGCCGUUCUGGCUCGGGCGGGCCUGCUUUGGGCGCCAGCGACCCUCUCAGCUCAGUCACCCCCGCGCAACCUCCAUCGGCGGCUGCCUCGCCGAUGUGGGUCCCCUCGCUUGCGCUCAGCUUCGCGCCGCGCAGCGGCACUGCCCGCGUCUUGGGCCGAGCGGCUAGCUCCCGAGGACAUGCCGUUCCUACGCCUGCGGCGCUCGAUGAUGCCCUCAUCGGCGCUUUCUUGCGCCACAUCGGCGAGGCGCUGCGGGCCCACUCCAUUUUUGUGCGCGCAUUGCAACACGCUCGCGUGCCGUGA